CACUUUUUUGGUUAAACCAAUAAUCAAUAUUCUAUUUUCUAAUACAUUUUUUUGUCAAAUUGAGACAAAAUAAAUAAAAUAAACCUAAAAAAGCAUAAACAAUUAGACAAGAUGUGUUCGAAGAGUUGAAGUGAAUGGUGAACCCCAUAGCCAUUAUAAAUAUAUCCAGACUUACAUUUCUCUCUUCUCCAUUCAUUCUCUUAAACUCUUCAUCUCUCUCUCUCUCUCUUUCAAGCUCUAUCUCUUAAAUUAUCGAUCAAAUGGUUGAACAGAAGAAGUACCUAUUGUUUCUGGGGGUGCCUGAUUCGGAGUUUGCCAAGAAAACGUACGGAGGAUACCAUAACGUGUUUGUUUCUUUGCUCGGCGAUGAAGGAGAGCAAUGGGAUUCCUACAGAGUCUUGGACGGUGAGUUUCCCGACGAGAAGGAUCUUGAGAAGUACGAUGGAUUUGUCAUCAGUGGAAGCUCCCAUGAUGCCUUUCAGGACACUGAUUGGAUCUUGAAGCUUUGUGAUAUUAUCAAGAAACUCGAUGAGAUGAAGAAGAAAGUUUUAGGUGUAUGCUUUGGCCACCAGCUAAUAGCUAGAGUGAAGGGAGGGAAGGUAGGGAGAGCAAGGAAAGGACCAGAGCUUUGCCUCGGAAACAUAACCAUCCUGAAGGACGCAGUGGCGCCCGAAAACUACUUUGGUGAGGAAGUUCCGACGAGUCUGAGGAUCAUAAAAUGUCAUCAGGACGAAGUUUUGGAGCUGCCUGAAAGUGCAAAACUACUUGCAUAUUCAAGCAUGUACGAGGUAGAAAUGUAUUCAAUCGAAGAUAACUUCCUCUGCAUUCAGGGACAUCCUGAGUAUAACCGUGACAUUUUGAUCGAUAUCCUCGAUCGUGUGCUUGCUGGAGGCCACAUUACGGAAGACUUUGUGAAAACGUCAAAAGCAACAUUGGAGAAUAAUGAAGCAGACAGGCAAUUUUGGCAGAAGAUUUGCAAAAACUUCCUCAAAGGUUAAGCCUCCUUGUUAG